UUCCACGACAACACCACUCCUGCCCCCAUCCUCAACCACAUUCGUUCUAUCACACCAAUUUCUAACCAAUCACUCAGACUCUGAUCAAGCGUAGAGAGAAGGCCCAAUGGUUGAGCCUGCUGUUUCCGCCGUGGCUGGGAGCAUCAAGGACCUUGCUGUCCAGGAGACCACGCUGCUGUGCAGCGUAAUUGGUGAAGCCGGGUUCUUGAAAGAUGAGCUGCAGCGGCUGCAGGGCUUCCUCAAAGAUGCCGACACCAAGCGGAGGUCGGGGAAUGCAAAUGCCACUAUCUGCGUUAGGCAGAUCAGGGAUGCUACAUAUGAAGCUGAGAAUGUCCUCGAAGUCGUGGACUACAUGGAGAAGAGAAACAGGCUCAAGAAGGGUUUCACCGGUGCUGUUUCAAGGUAUGCUCGCUUGCCAAAUGACUUGAUUACCCAGCAUAAAGCUGGCACUGAAAUUCAACGUAUAAGAAGGAAGGUUAACGAGAUAUUUGAAAGUGCAAACCGUUCAAAGAUUAUUCUUGAUUUGGGUAAUACUGAGCUAGAUAGUGUCCCCGUUGAGGAUGAGUCUCAACAAGAUCAUGGACAUGUGCUCCAAAAUUUUGAAGAUGUUAAUGUUGUCGGCUUUGAGGAUGAGCAAAGAGAAAUAGUUGAAAAAUUACUUGGAAUGGAUAGCAAGCUUAGUGUUGUCUCCAUAGUUGGCAUGGGUGGAGCAGGAAAAACUACACUUGCUAGAAAAAUCUGUACUUCAGAUAAAAUCAAACGAUAUUUUCACACAAUUGCUUGGGUGACUGUAUCUCAAAAGUUUAAGGGUGUUGAUUUAUUGAAGGAUAUUAUGAAACAAAUAACGGGGGAUAGAGCUAAGGAUAUAAAAAUUGAUCAGAUGCAAGAGUAUGAUCUGGGAAUGGAGUUACAAGCCUUCCUUACAGAAAAAAGAUAUUUAGUUGUACUUGAUGAUGUGUGGACAACAGAUACAUGGAACAAAAUAAAUAGAGUGGUGAAAGUAUUUCCAGAUGCAAAUAAUGGCAGUAGAGUAAUGUUAACUACUCGAAAGAUUGAUGUCUCUAAUCAUAUUGAAAUGCCAACCUAUGUUCACAACUUGAAGCUCUUGGAUGGUGAGAGAAGCUGGGAACUUUUUAGUGGCAAAGCAUUACCAUCAUAUAAAAGGUCCUUAAUACAGAACAUAGAGGAGUUUGAAGAACUAGGGAAAAACCUUUCAAGGAAAUGUAAUGGGUUACCACUUGCACUUGCUGUUUUGGGGGGCUAUCUAUCAAAGAAUUUAAAUAUAGAAGCAUGGUCAGAUAUACUACAGGGUUGGGCAUCCACUAAAAAUGGACACAUGGUGGGAGCCAUACUAGCUCGAAGCUACAGUGACUUGCCAAGUGUUGGGUAUCAAGGCCCCACCAUGGUCUGCUCUGCCCAAGGGUUCCCUCAGCUGCAAGAGUUGGAGCUUCAUCUUUUCUACGUUAAGGAGUGGAGGAUGGAGGUCAAGGCAAUGCCAAAGCUCUCACGACUGCAACUCUAUUUAUGCCGGAACAUGAAGAAGCUCCCGGAGGGGCUUCUGCACCUGCCGUCCCUCAAGGAGCUUGAAUUGUGGGUUGUGUACCCGGAUUCCGAAGAAGACGUCACUCGGAAAAAGCUGCAAGGGAGAGGAUGCAAGAUUGUAAGCAAGACCAUCCCACGAACAUCCCCAAGAAAAGAAAACUCAAAGAGGAGCCAUAUGCUUCAUAUAUUGAAUUAG